CCUGCUAGCAAGUCCAUGGGCUCUGGAAUUCUGCCAGACGACAGCUACAGAAUGGAUUAUCCAGAGAUGGGGCAAUGUGUAAUAAUAAACAAUAAGAACUUCCACAAACAUACUGGGAUGUCACCCCGUUCAGGUACGGAUGUGGAUGCUGCGCAUGUCAGAGAAGUUUUUAUGAAGCUGGGUUAUAAGGUAAAGAUCAACAAUGAUCUUUCAUGUGAGGACAUUUUUAAUCUAUUGCAAAAUGUUUCUGAAGAAGAUCACAGCAAGCGAAGCAGUUUUGUUUGUGUGUUGCUAAGCCAUGGUGAUGAAGGAUUAAUCUAUGGUACUGAUGGCCCUCUGGAACUGAAAGCACUCACAAGCCUCUUCAGAGGUGACAGGUGCAAGAGUUUGGCAGGAAAACCCAAGCUCUUUUUCAUUCAGGCUUGUAGAGGGACAGAAUUAGAUUCUGGGAUUGAAGCAGACAGUGGAUCAGAAGAAACAAUGUGUCAGAAAAUACCUGUAGAAGCAGACUUCCUGUAUGCAUAUUCUACAGCUCCAGGUUAUUACUCCUGGAGGAAUUCAGCUGAAGGCUCCUGGUUUAUUCAGUCACUCUGUAAAAUGCUGAAGGAACACGCAAGGAAGCUUGAACUCAUGCAGAUUUUAACUCGUGUGAAUCGCAGAGUGGCAGAGUAUGAGUCCUGCUCAACUCGGCAGGAUUUUAAUGCAAAGAAACAGAUUCCAUGCAUUGUCUCUAUGCUCACCAAAGAAUUUUACUUUCCUUGA